AUGCCUUCUGUUCUUGGAAAGCGGAUGAGACAGACUCUCAAUGCUCAAGAGAACAUACCAUCAACACCAUCCAAGCGACGGCAGACGCGACGUGCAGCUCCUCAAAUAUAUGAAGAUACAGCAGAGCCCGAGCAAGUCUCUACUCGGCGUUCGGUAAGGGACGGUACCGAAACGACGAAAUGUAUCGUUCAAGACCUGAAGGAACAAAACGAAGCAGCCGCAGAUGACCUUGUUUCCCCACCGAUAUCUGAACAUGCUCGCAAGGAGAAUGUCCCUCCAUCUUCUUCCACUCCUACUGCUCUUCGCUUCAAGGACGCACUUGCACGCUCGUUACCUUCUACCCCUCGACACCGAGUUCGACUCGGUGGCAAGCUUCUCACUCCACGAUCUCAGCGGUCCGUUGAGAAGAAUCGUCCAUACAGCGUAUAUGCCGCUGCACGACAGUUGUUCACUCAAGCCAGCAGCCCCACUCGGAUAAUCGGCCGCGAUGAAGAGCGGGCUCAACUGCAAAGCUUCAUUUCCGCUGGCGUGAAGACAGGGAAAGGAGGCUGUCUCUAUGUCAGUGGCCCCCCUGGAACCGGCAAAAGCGCACUUGUGCAGGAAGUCUUCGAAGGGUUCAGAGAAACCGAUGGGCUGAAGAUCUCGAUCGUCAAUUGUGUGACCUGUAGGACAACCUCUGAGGUGACCAGCCAGCUGUCGCAAGACCUGGGAGUGCCACUCGACAAUGGCAAAACUGUCAAGGAUGCUAUGGGCAAACUCUUCACCUCGAAGAAAUCGAAGUCUCUCUACCUGGUGCUCAUGGACGAGAUCGACAGCCUUCUGGACGGCGACUGCAACCUGCUUUACGACAUGUUCGAAUUGGCCAUGCACCGCUCCUCAUCGCUCCUCCUUAUUGGCAUCGCGAACGCUCUCGAUCUUACAGACCGAUUCAUGCCCCGCCUCAAAUCGCGCAAUCUGAAGCCAUCGCUCCUUCCAUUCUUACCUUAUGCUGCUUCAGACAUGUCGAACAUCAUCACGCAGAAGCUGCGAUCGCUUCUGGACACGCAAUUCGAGGUGGUACCUAACUUUGUUCCCGUCAUUCAUCCAACAGCGAUCAAGCUGAUCGGGAGCAAAAUCGCAGCGCAGACUGGUGACCUUCGGAAGGCAUUCAAUCUGGCCCGCCGGACGAUCGAUCAGAUCGAGAAGGAGGCACUGCAGCAGUCGGCCGACCAGGGAGUGGGCACGCCUACGAAAGAGCCACUCGGCGAGCUUUCGAAUGUAUCGCACAAUGUCGUUGCCACUCCACCCAGUUCGUCUCCUUUGAAGCCGGACACACCUGCGAUCACUCGAUUGACCGCCGAGACGGCUCCUCAAGCGUCGAUCAAGCAUGUAGCUAAGCUUGCAUCGAGCAUCUUCAACAAUGGCACUGUGUCCCGACUCGGCGGGCUCAAUCUGCAGCAGAAAGCGGUGCUAUGCUCACUGGUGGCAGCCGAGCGACGACAAGACAGUCGUGACCCGUUCAAGACGCCGUCAAAAUCGUCAAAGAAGGUGCCGAGUGUCAAGGACCUGUUUGAGAAGUAUGGAAGGCUCUGCCAGCGAGACGACGGACUCUUGCCUGUGCUGAAGAACACCGAGUUUCGCGAUGUAGUGACCAGUUUGGAGACGCUGGGCCUGGCUCAUGAGGCGUUUGGGAGAAGCUCGAGCAUGCUCACCCCGGGCAAGACGCCAGCACGCACUGGACGAAGCAUUGACGAACGACAGUUCGUCUCUGCAGUCUCGGAAAGUGAGGUGCGUCAGAGCUUGAUGGGACCAGGGGCAGAGUUGUUGCAAAGACUGUUGAAUGAAUAA